UUUGGGCGCAGCCCCGGGCCCGGGGCGGGAGGUCGCUCGGGUCGGGUGUCGCCUGAGAACCGGAUGAGGCGGCGACCGUGAGGCCGAGCCGGGAGCGGGCGUCGCGCCGAGGCCCGGGCGGGCGUGGAGCAACGGCCAUAGACGCCGGGGGGUCGGGUCGUUGAGGGUCGGGAGCGGGCGGGGAGCGCGGGGCGCUCGGGCCGGGAGCUGCCGGCGCCAUGGGCAACCGCGGGAUGGAAGAGCUGAUCCCGCUGGUCAACAAGCUGCAGGACGCCUUCAGUUCCAUCGGCCAGAGCUGCCACCUGGACCUGCCGCAGAUCGCUGUGGUGGGCGGCCAGAGCGCCGGCAAGAGCUCGGUGCUGGAGAACUUCGUGGGCCGGGACUUCCUUCCCCGUGGUUCAGGAAUUGUCACCCGGCGGCCUCUCAUUCUGCAGCUCAUCUUCUCAAAAACAGAAUAUGCUGAGUUUUUGCACUGCAAAUCCAAAAAGUUUACAGACUUUGAUGAAGUCCGGCAGGAGAUCGAAGCGGAGACCGACAGAGUCACGGGGACCAACAAGGGCAUCUCCCCGAUACCCAUCAACCUGCGCGUCUACUCGCCACACGUGUUGAACUUGACCCUCAUUGACCUCCCAGGCAUCACCAAGGUGCCCGUGGGGGACCAACCCGCAGACAUUGAGUACCAGAUCAAGGACAUGAUCCUGCAGUUCAUCAGCCGGGAGAGCAGCCUCAUCCUGGCCGUCACGCCCGCCAACAUGGACUUGGCCAACUCGGACGCCCUCAAGCUAGCCAAGGAGGUCGACCCGCAAGGCCUGCGGACCAUCGGCGUCAUUACCAAGCUCGACCUGAUGGACGAAGGCACCGAUGCCAGGGACAUCCUGGAGAACAAACUGCUCCCCUUGAGAAGAGGGUACAUUGGUGUGGUGAACCGCAGCCAGAAGGACAUUGAGGGCAAGAAGGACAUCCGUGCGGCACUGGCAGCCGAGAGGAAGUUCUUCCUCUCCCACCCGGCCUACCGGCACAUGGCCGACCGCAUGGGCACGCCACACCUCCAGAAGACCCUCAAUCAGCAACUGACCAACCACAUCCGGGAGUCGCUGCCGGCCCUACGCAGCAAGCUGCAGAGCCAGCUGCUGUCCCUGGAGAAGGAGGUGGAGGAGUACAAGAACUUCCGGCCUGAUGACCCCACGCGCAAAACCAAAGCCCUGCUACAGAUGGUCCAGCAGUUUGGGGUGGACUUUGAGAAGAGGAUUGAGGGCUCGGGAGACCAAGUGGACACACUGGAGCUCUCUGGGGGCGCCCGGAUCAAUCGAAUCUUCCAUGAGCGGUUUCCCUUUGAGCUGGUGAAGAUGGAAUUCGACGAGAAGGAUUUAAGACGAGAGAUCAGUUACGCCAUUAAGAACAUACACGGAGUCAGGACCGGGCUCUUCACCCCGGACUUGGCAUUCGAGGCCAUUGUGAAAAAGCAGGUCGUGAAGCUGAAAGAGCCCUGUCUGAAAUGUGUCGACCUGGUUAUCCAGGAGCUAAUCAGUACAGUUAGGCAGUGUACCAGUAAGCUCAGCUCCUACCCACGGUUGCGAGAGGAGACGGAGCGAAUCGUCACCACUUACAUCCGGGAACGGGAGGGGAGAACCAAGGACCAGAUUCUUCUUCUGAUCGACAUUGAACAGUCCUACAUCAACACGAACCACGAGGACUUCAUUGGAUUCGCCAAUGCACAGCAGAGGAGCACGCAGCUGAACAAGAAGAGGGCCAUCCCCAAUCAGGGGGAGAUCUUGGUGAUCCGCAGGGGCUGGUUGACCAUCAACAACAUCAGCCUGAUGAAGGGCGGCUCCAAGGAGUACUGGUUCGUGCUGACGGCCGAGUCACUGUCCUGGUACAAGGACGAGGAGGAGAAGGAGAAGAAGUACAUGCUGCCUCUGGACAACCUCAAGAUCCGCGACGUGGAGAAGGGCUUCAUGUCCAAUAAGCACGUCUUCGCCAUCUUCAACACGGAGCAGAGGAAUGUCUACAAGGACCUGCGGCAGAUCGAGCUGGCCUGUGACUCCCAAGAGGACGUGGACAGCUGGAAGGCCUCCUUCCUCCGAGCCGGGGUCUACCCCGAGAAGGACCAGGCAGAAAACGAGGACGGGGCCCAGGAGAACACCUUCUCCAUGGACCCGCAGCUGGAGCGGCAGGUAGAGACCAUCCGCAACCUGGUGGACUCGUACGUGGCCAUCAUCAACAAGUCCAUCCGCGACCUCAUGCCAAAGACCAUCAUGCACCUCAUGAUCAACAACACGAAGGCCUUCAUUCACCACGAGCUGCUGGCCUACCUGUACUCCUCGGCGGACCAGAGCAGCCUCAUGGAGGAGUCGGCUGACCAGGCCCAGCGGCGGGACGACAUGCUGCGCAUGUACCACGCCCUCAAGGAGGCGCUUAACAUCAUCGGAGACAUCAGCACCAGCACCGUGUCCACACCUGUGCCCCCACCCGUCGAUGACACCUGGCUGCAGAGUACCAGCAGCCACAGCCCCACUCCACAGCGCCGACCCGUGUCCAGCGUGCACCCCCCGGGCCGGCCCCCAGCAGUUCGGGGCCCCACACCAGGGCCCCCUCUGAUUCCCGUGCCGGUGGGGGCAGCAGCCUCCUUCUCAGCACCCCCCAUCCCAUCCCGGCCUGGACCCCAGAGCGUGUUUGCCAACAACGACCCCUUCUCGGCCCCACCUCAGAUCCCAUCUCGGCCAGCGCGGAUCCCACCCGGGAUCCCCCCCGGAGUGCCCAGCAGAAGACCCCCCGCUGCGCCCAGCCGGCCCACCAUUAUCCGCCCGGCCGAGCCAUCCCUGCUCGACUAGGCCGCGCGGGGGGCGCGUUCUGGGGGCCUUGCACACCCUCGGUGCAGGAGCUUCGGUGGUCUGGGCCCUUCCGCCACCCCUAGGCCGGGACCAGGCUCCCUGUGGGCAGCGCCUGCCUCUCCCCUCACCCCGGCCCGUCCCCAGCUGGACACCACAUGAGAGAAGGGGCCCUGGAGCCCCUGGUGGGGGGCACGGGGGUGUUGCACUUUGGGGGAUGGGGUCUCAGGGUCACAGAGGGGGCACCUGCAGCCUGGGCACCUCCUUGACUUGAGGGGUCUGGGCUAGUGGGGGAGACUCUUCCAGGGCCUUCUCUGGCCAGGAAAGGCCACGUGGAGCAGGCCUUCUGGAAGCCGGGGUGCCACAGCUGCCUGUAUUCUCCAGGCCUUGGCGGGGUGCAGGGCUAUGUCCACCUCUCACCCGUGGGUGCUCCCCAGUGGCGAGCCAGGCCCGGUGGGUGCAGCGCGGCCCGCCCACCAGGCCCGAGUUGUACAUAGUCCUUUGUCGGCCAUAUUAACCACACAGCCUGAGCCCGGCCGGCCUCGGCUGCCGGAGGUGCCUUCGCCACGCCCGGAGCUCCCAGCCGGGCCAGCCUCGCUGUCUCUGCUCUCGGCCCUGUCCUCCUCCUGGGGCCCCCAGGGUGGCUUGGGCUCUGGGCUGUGUGGGGUGAGGGGGCUUUGGGAGCCUCUCAACCCCACCCAGGCCUCCCCUAUGGGGUGGGCCCCGGGCGGCCUCUCUCUGAGCAGAACUCGCGCUCUCCUCGCUCGGUUUGACCACUGUAAGUGCCUGCACUCUGUAUCCUAUUAAUAAACUAAAAUAAAGGGAAGACGCUUCUGGUGGCUGCUG